AUGAUGUUGCCGAGCAAAUUUCGCAACGUCGCAGGGAGCAAGACAGACACAGGCAUGAUCAGAGGGCUCGUCUACCGCCACUUCUACCGGAGCCGGCCCUCAGGGAACGCGGAAACUGAAGCAGAGCUUGAGACGAGACUCGACAGUAGGGACACGCAGAAGGGACACGCAGGACACUCGAGGAGCGGCCCCAGGAGCAGCCCCUGUACCAGCCCGGAGCGGCACCAGGAUCAGCGCGGAACAGACGAGACGGGUCGCAAGUCUUCUGUGGCGGACGGACGCGGUGCAGCAGGAGCGUCCCAGGGAUUUACAGGACGCCAGGGUUCGAGACGCACACCCAAUCUGCGCGCGCGCACUAUCGGAGCCCACCAGGAGUGUGGAGAAAAGGCCAGCACCAAGAUAACACUUCUUCCCUCUCCUCUGGCCUGGGUGCAUCCUGCCUCCUGCCUCACCCUUGCAGCGGACCUGAGCUCUGAGGAGGAACUGGGACUGCAGCACAGGGAACACCUCCACAAAACAAGAAUCAUGGAGUCGCAUGGGCAUAAUCUCUCCAUCAACGGCACGCCCUGGUACAUUUUUGAGUGCACGUUGGAGCUGAACACAGACUAUCGCCGGAUCGCUCUCUUCCUCCUCUACCUCUUCAUUUUCAUCACCGGCCUGCUGGAGAACCUCCUUGUGCUGUGGGUUAACUGGAGACGACGUCACUCGGCCAACGGCGUGCUCUUCUGUGUGCUCAACAUUAGCCUCUCCGACAUGAUGGUCAUCGUCAUCCUCCCUUUCUACAUGCUGGAAGUCACCAUCAACCAGGUGUGGCUCUGGGGUCGUUUCCUCUGCAAAGUCACCAGUCUCGUCUAUGCCGUCAACUUCUACAGCAGCACUUUUUUCCUGGCGCUAAUGACUUUGGAGCGCUACCUGAUGCUAACAAAGCCGACGUUCCCCGCACUGUUUCCUGCAGUGGGCAGGCGACGAUGGUGGCUGUGUGCAGGACCAAGGCAGUACGUGACACUCCGGAUGUUCAAGAGCAACGCGAUGUGUGGCUAG